UCAAUUUCCGGUGGCGGUAGAUCAGGGAGGAGGGGAAAGAGAAAGAAUGAACCCAGUGGGGAACGGGGUGGCUGGCACUGCCCUCAUCGACCGCACUAUCCAGAUGAGGAAGGAGGCACAAGCCCGGAAGGUGAUGCUGGUCUGGGGCUUGCUCAAUGUAGGACUCGCUGGAAUGGUCUACAUGGAAAUGACAGGCAAGUUGCUGUGCAAAUUCUACAACAUCAGCUACUGGCCCCUGUGGUACAUUGAGCUUGUGCUGGUCACCUUGUUUUGCCUGAAUGCUUUAUUUGAUUUCUGGUGUUACUUCAGGAGUGCUGUGGUCCCAGCUAACCUUGUGAUGACCCCACAGCAGCAAACCCUGCUGGGAAUGAUGAACCCAGCAAUACUGACGGCACCACAGCAGAAGCCGGCUACCCCAUCCACGCCCAAGAGCUCCUCACCAGGCACCGGACAGGGACAGAGUGUACUGUCUUAUAGCCCUCAACGCCCACUUGGCUCCUGCCCUAAGUACAGCCCUGGCUGUAUAACGGGUUUUAGCCCAAGUGGGCAGACACCUUCCCCACCAGGCAGCGGAUCCUUCCCAUCCUCAGUGAUGUACUCAACUAGCAGCAGCUUCAAUACGGGAUCUCCCUUCAGUCCUGUUCAGAAUACGUCUUUGUACAGUAACAACGUUGGGAAUGCAGAGAGCUCCAGCCUGAGAGCUCGAUAUCGUUCUGCUCCUUCUGUGUACAGUGCACCUCUCAUGCGAGAUGAGUGCCUGACUGAUAUGAAAUCUCUGGAGAACUUUCUUCGCUCUGAAGAGGAGAAACAUGGUCGCAGUCAGCUGGGAACACCAGAAUGUACAUCCAGUAGCAGCAGUCCCACCUCCUUUUGGAACUACAGCCGAACCACAGGUGACUAUGCACAGUCACUACGCAAGUUCCAGUACCAGCUCGCCAGCCGUUCACAGGCCCCAUCUGCCCACAAGGAUGACACUGAUCUGGGCUCCAAAUUACUUGCAGAAGAGGUGUGGAUAAGGCUGAAUAUGAAUCGGCAGCAGUUGGACCUCCUUGAUUCCUGGACAGCCAACCUGAGGAAUUGGAUCAAUGAAACGAUUUUGAAUCGUUUGGUCAGUGAGAUUGAUGGUGUGAACAUGCAACUAAGAAGAUUGGGAUGUCCAGAGCUGCAAGUAGGAGAGACUAGCAUCAGCAGUCUAAGGCAAGCAGCUCUGGUCAGAGCUCCCCAGAUUCCAACUUUAAAUAUAGUUGUUCAGUACUUGGACAUCACUUCAAACCAAGAAUACCUAGUGGAGAGGAUCAAAGAACUUGCACAUGGUGGUUGUAUGAGCUCUUUCCGUUGGAAUGGGGGAGGAGAGUACAAGUCUAGAAAAUGGGACACAGACCUUCCCACUGAUUCUGCGAUUAUAAUGCAUAUGUUCUGCACUUACCUUGACUCCAGGCUGCCUCCACAUCCCAAGUACCCUGAUGGGAAAACUUUCACCUCCCAACAUUUCAUUCAGACUCCAGAUAAACCAGAUGUCACAAAUGAGCAUUUGUUCUGUAUACAUCAAAGCAACAUCAAUCCUCCUCACUACCAGCUGAUCUACCACGGGCAGGUGUAUAAUUUGCCAAAGGACAGGAGCAACAUGUUUCACACCAUUCUGAUGUUUUUAUACAUAAUUAAAACAAAGGAGUCAGGAAUGUUGGGGAGAGUGAACCUGGGUUUGUCUGGAGUGAAUGUUCUUUGGAUUUUUGGAGAGUAAGGAACAUUGCCAGGAGAUAUAACUGCAAAUAUUUGAUUUUGUACAGAAAUUGAACAGAUUCAGGAUUUUGGUCCCUCGUUUCACUCCUACAACCCCGCACACCACCAUCUCUCUCUUUUUUGAUCUUUCUUAUACUGACAACUGGCAGAAAUGCAUGGUCCUGGACCAGAAACUUUGAAGCCAACAUUACAUUUUGCCCUGUGACUCUGCUGAGGAUGUGUGCUCACUGCAUAUCUGUUUGGCUGCCAUGCAGCUGCUUCAAUACUGAAUUAAUUUUAAUUUUUCAAAACUAAAGUGUUUAUCUUUUCUAAUAUUUUGAUGGAAAAGACUCCUUUUUAUAGUAACCAGUGGAAGUGUGUAAUUUUCAUAUUCUUCAAAGCCUUAUGUGAAGUAGCAAAAUAGUGCUGCAUUCGUUAUGAAAGAAAACCAUCAACUCCUGUCAGCUUUGGUAUUUCUGUUUGGGCAAAGGGCCUGUCAUAUAGAGCAUCUGAGGGUAGGAGUGACAGAACUUGUGUUUUCUCUACUGCUCUAUAAAUGCACAGAUGCAUAAAACAGCUGGACUAAUGGUGCCACUGCCCUGGGUCAUGUCACUAAUCUUAUGUUUUUAGAUUAAUGAUGUUAACACAAACCAUGCUGAAACUCUUUUAUUCAGAUUUUUACACACUGAACAGCCUGGUUACAAGUACUGUAGGAAUCAUUUGAGAUGAUGGGACAAUUUGUCAAGAUGUUUCCACUUAUAAAUGCCUAAGAAUGAAAAAUAAGUGAAAACAAGAGGCUGAUCAGGUUUACUAGAGUGCUGAUGAGAAAAGGUAAACAGUUAAUGCAAACUCAGCUCUGUAAUCAUUUCAAACUGUUGUGAUGAAUGUAAUCUACUGUACUGUAAGGGUCCUAUGAAUUUAAUGUGGGCUGCGUCUGUCUACUCCCAGUAGGUCUGAAUUGCCAGUGCAGAACUUGUCCUCUCCACUUCAACGUUGUUGGUUUUGUGAGGAGUGGUUCGUCUGGUGUUGCUGAAGACUUCCUGUCAAUCCCCAAAAUGAAAGGUAGUUUACUCUGAAAGAAGUCUUCAAAGUGCUAGACCCACACCUCAGAAUUGUGCUCUUUCCCUGCACGCUUUCUCAUCCUUUGGUGAUGAAUGUACAACUUUGUAAUACUACAGAGCAAGUUCAAAUAAUUCUGCAUUAUGAUCUUCAAUCAGUUCUUAGAUUAAGCCAUCAAAACCAGGAUCACCAGUAUGUUGCUGUAUUUAAAGAAAGUUUGUGCCCUUCCCUCCUCUCCAUGUUGAGCAGCACUUCCCUGAUUAGUUGAAACAUUGGAAUGGCUCAUAAAAGCAAAAUAGUGUGGAUGGUGGAGAUUUGAAAUAAAAGCAAACUACUGAAGAAAUCUGCAAGUCCGGCAUCUAUGAGGAGAGAACGCGGUAAAAUUUUGAAUCCAAUGUCUCAAUGGAAAGAGGGUGGAAUAGGAUAGUUUUUACUGUUCUCCCAGGGACAGGAGGAAUGAGUGGCAAAAAUAGGAAAUGCAUGGGAAAAAUAGUUCUGGGGUGACAGUGGACACUACAGAGAUUGUGACUAAGGAGCGAAUGGACCUUUUUUAUAUUUAUCCUUGUCAUGCCUGGUCUAGAAGAUUCUGAUGGGGCACUCAACAUUACUGUGUAUCUAAUGGUGAAGUUGUUAAGUGUGGCUGAAUAACAUAAUAUUAGAUUUGAUACUGAUAGCAUUUGUCUUGAAGAGACUGCUGUCUUUCUUUCUUUUUCUAAAAGAUGCGAAAGUGGAAUUGAAAUACAGGAUCCAUUGAUUUUGGGGCACUACAGAUACUGACUUUGGAAUUUUAUAAUGUAAUGGAACUAUUCUGAUUUCUCCCUAUACUUGUAAUUAUUGCACUGAUUUGCAAUAAUUUGCAGAUAUUCAUAAGACAUAGGAGUGGAAGUAAGGCCAUUCGGCCCAUCAAGUCCACUCUGCCAUUUAAAUCAUGGCUCAUGGGCAUCUCAAUUCCACUUCCCUACACUCUCCCUGUAGCCCUCGAUUCCUUGUGAGAUCAAGAAUUUGUCAAUUUCUGCCUUGAAGGCAUCUAAUGUCCCAGCCUCCACUGCACUCUGUGGCAAUGAAUUCCACAAGAAAUGUUGUCUCAUUUCCAUUUUAAAUUUACCCCCUGUAAUUAUAAGGCUGUGCCCGUGGGUCCUAGUCUCCCUGCCUAUCGGAAACAUAUGUCUGUCCUCCUCUGUCUUCUCCUUCUGCAUUUAAUUGAGGCCUGCCCCAAACUGUGCGUGGCAAAGGACUGUGUCUUCAAAUAGCAGACUGCUGUUGGAGUGGAAGAAUGGAGAAGCUUCACCUCAUUCACUAUGGAGUGCUGCAUUUAGAACACUACAUUCCAGAAGCAGAAUAUUCUCAUUCGACUCUGCCUAAUCUUUGGUAAAUACACUGACAGCAAUUCAGCUCAUGAACUUACCAUGUAAUAAUAGAUCUUGAAACAAUCCUGUCAUAGCUGUUACAAUCAAUCAGCACCCACUCAAUCUUUUUCAUCUCACUGUUCAGUUCAUCAGGGCAAGAGUCAGAUCCAAUAAAGUGGAGAAUGCACAAUUUUAAAA